CGACCGUGGGAGCAGCAGCAGCGGUAAAGCAUGGUUCGGGCAAACUCCAAGCUUGCAUCCCAACCUAGUUCUUCUUGCAAGUAUCCGAGCAGCACGAAGCAUCACCAACCACUGCCGGGCAAUGUAGAGCCCCGUUGGGUCAGGCUGAACAGAAAGAAAAAAGAUUCAGAGUGAUCAUGCGAAAGCUGAAGUAUAACCGGAGAAAACGGCUGCACUCCUGGAGAUAGACACUUCUAGCUUAGCACAAACGAAGGAAACAAGCAGAUGAAUGAAUACGCCUUUAAAUGGCACUAAGGGUGACCUGGGUCAGAGAAGUACGUUUACAAUGAUGGCUUGCUUCUUACAAGAAAUGUUGGUUAUUUCUGAAUGUCUACGUGCUCCCUGGAGUCUGAGUUGCAAAACAUUAGUCUGCAACUAAAGCUCAAAACUGGACAUUUUCUGAUAUCAACAGCCGCGGAUAGACAGCUAUUGGCUCCAUGUGUCAUUUUCCAAGCUCUGCUAGUGUCACUUGUGUAUUUCCUAGUGAACAAAUCGGACAGGUGGCAUUGUUUCAGUUCUCAGCAUCAAAGCUCGACCUGGAUAGACUGAGAACUAAAUUCCCUAGGACACUGAAGUGGCCGGCAACAGGAAUACAGAAUAAACCUGGUUCUCUGUACAGGGUUUUCAUUUACUCCAUAAUCAACUUGCUUACGCUAUUUUGUUUUAAAACGCUGGCAAGACAGUGCAGAGCGCUCUUGCGAUGUUCAUUUGUCCACUUAUCUGCCUGGGUUGUUCCCUGCGAUCUGACUGAAUAAAGAACUGCAGCAUUACUAUGCAGGGAAGCAAGCUCUUCUAGCAGCUGUGCUGCUGAGCUUCUUUCAUAGACCUACUUCAGGUUUAUAUCGAUGGAAAAGUAAGGUUGCUGGGGUGUUGGUGAGGUCCUCUGGAUCAGUAGAUGGAAUCAGCGCCAUGCCUAGACUUUGGAAUACCUUCUCUAGGACAGAAUAUAUUGCUUUGCUCCAUGGCAUAGUCUUAUGAAAAGUUCUAGCUCAGGGAGCGGACAAGGAGGAACCACAGGACACUAGUAGCCUCUGCUAGGAGUCAAGAUUUCUAACUCGACAGAGACAUGCAUCAGCAGGUUUGGGCGCUUCUUUUCUUUCUCUGGGCUGCAGGUAGCCCACGGACGGGUGCCGUCACCAACCUUAAGUAUACAGUAGAUGAGGAGCAGCGAGCGGGUACUGUAGUGGCAAAUGUGGCAAAAGAUGCUAGGGACGCUGGUUUUAUGCUAGAUCCCCGGCAACAACCGGCAUUCCGGGUGGUCUCCAACUCAGCUCCGCACCUACUGGACAUCACACUGGCAGGGCUUCUAGUCACAAAGCAGAAGAUUGACAGGGACACUCUGUGCCACCAAAGCCCCAAGUGUGUCGUGUCCCUAGAAGUGAUGUCUGGCUCUCUUGAGAUCUGUGUAAUCCGGGUUGAGAUCCGAGACCUGAAUGAUAAUGCGCCCAGCUUCCCUGCUGACCGCAUUGAGCUAGAGAUCUCCGAAACGGCCGCUGCAGGUACCCGGAUCCCACUGGAGAGCGCAUAUGAUCCCGAUGCUGGCAGCUUUGCAGUGCAGGGCUACGAAAUUACGCCCAAUGAUAUGUUCGGCCUGGAGAUCAAGACCCGCAGCGACGGGUCCCGCUUUGCCGAGCUCGUAGUGGAAAAGCCAUUGGAUCGGGAGAUGCAGUCCCGCUACAGCUACCUACUUACAGCUCUCGAUGGUGGGGACCCACCCAACUUUGGUACUGUGGAACUCGAUAUCCGAAUUACUGAUUCUAAUGACAAUAACCCCAUGUUUGAAGAAGCUGCAUAUACUAUAUCAGUACCUGAAAACUCUCCACUAAACACAGUGGUCAUCGAUCUCAAUGCAACUGACCCAGACGAGGGCACAAAUGGGGAGGUUGUUUAUUCUUUUAAUAGCUACGUGUCUGACAAAACAAGGCAGCUGUUCCGCAUUGACCCCCAAACUGGAAUCAUUACAGUGACUGGGGCACUGGACUAUGAAGAAGGCAGAGUGUAUGAGAUUGAUGUGCAAGCUAAGGACAUGGGACCUAAUUCAAUGCCGGCCCACUGCAAGGUAACUGUCAAUGUGCUGGACAUAAACGACAACCCUCCUGUAAUUAAUCUAUUAUCAGUGAAUAGCGGCAUGGUGGAAGUGAGUGAGCGUGCUCCCCCGGGGUAUGUGAUCGCCCUAGUACGGGUGUCAGACCGAGACUCGGGUGCAAAUGCCAGGAUACAGUGCAGACUUCUAGGAAACGUACCUUUCCAACUACAGGAGUAUGAGAGCUUCUCCACAAUCCUGGUAGAUGGUAGACUAGACCGGGAGCAGAGGGACCAAUACAACCUGACAAUCCUCGCUAAGGACUCUGGCAAUCCACCCUUACAGUCCACAAAAUCAUUUACUGUGAAAAUCACUGAUGAGAACGACAAUCACCCGCAUUUUAUCAAGCCUUACUAUCAAGUUCUUGUUCCAGAAAAUAACACCCCAGGAGCAUAUUUGUUGGCAGUUUCUGCCCGGGAUCCUGACCUAGGACUCAAUGGCAGCGUUUCUUAUGAAAUUCUACCUUCUCAGGUCCGGGACAUGCCUGUGUUCACUUAUGUUUCCAUCAAUCCUACAUCUGGUGACAUCUAUGCGCUGCGGUCUUUUAACCACGAACAGACUAGGGCAUUUGAAUUCAAGGUAUUGGCAAAAGACGGUGGCAGCCCACCUUUGCAAAGUAAUGCCACCGUCCGUGUCAUUGUCCUGGAUGCCAACGACAUAACCCCUGUUAUCACCACUCCUGCACUGACCAAUGGUACUGCCGAGGUCUAUGUCCCCCGAAAUGCCGAAGUUGGGUAUUUAGUUACACUGGUCAAGGCUGAUGACUACGACGAAGGGGAGAAUGGACGGAUAUCGUACGACAUUUCAGAAGGGGACAGGGAAUUCUUUGAAAUAGACCAAGACAAUGGUGAAAUCAGGACUACCCGCUUGUUCAGUGAAACCUCCAAAUCCACUUAUGAACUGAUUGUGGUAGCCCACGAUCACGGAACGAACUCCCUUUCUGCCUCUGCUUUGAUUCUGAUCUCUCUGUCACCAGCACCGGAUGCCCAAGAGUCCACUGGAUCGGUUAACCUGUCCUUGAUUUUUAUAAUCGCUCUGGGAUCAAUCGCUGCCAUCCUUUUUGUAACCAUGAUAUUUGUGGCUGUUAAGUGCAAAAGGGAUAACAAAGAGAUUCGCACCUACAACUGCAGAAUUGCGGAGUACUCCUAUGGGCACCAGAAGAAAGCGAACAAGAAAAAAAAGAUCAACAAAAACGACAUCCGGCUGGUGCCCCGAGACGUGGAGGAGACGGAUAAAAUGAAUGUGGUAAGCUGUUCGUCACUUACUUCUUCUUUGAACUACUUCGACUAUCACCAGCAGAGCCUUCCACUGGGUUGUCGCAGAUCAGAAAGCACUUUCCUCAAUGCAGAGAACCAGGCAACCAGAAAUGCUGCACCUAACCAUGGUUACCACCACACCUUUACCGGGCAGGGACCACAGCAACCGGAUCUGAUCAUCAAUGGCGUGCCCCUGCCAGAGACUGAAAACUACUCCAUCGAUUCAAGCUAUGGGAACAGUCGAGCUCAUCUCAUUAAAAGCACUUCGACAUUCAAAGACCUGGAAGGAAACAGUCUGAAAGACAGUGGCCAUGAAGAAAGUGACCAGACAGACAGUGAACAUGAUGUCCAGAGGGGUCUCUACUGUGACACUGCUGUCAAUGAUGUACUGAAUACCAACACCGCAACCAUGGGUUCUCAGCUGCCACUGCAAGAUCCAAAUGAAGGUUUUCACUGUAGGGAGGAAUGCCGAAUCCUUGGUCACUCAGACAGAUGCUGGAUGCCUCGGGUUCCAAUGCCUACACGAGCCAAGUCUCCAGAGCAUGGAAGAACUGUUAUUGCUCUUUCUAUAGAAGCCACCAAUGUGGACACGGAUUCCUAUGAGGAUAAUAAUAAAAAAAGGACUUUUGCUACAUUUGGCAAGGAUGGGAGUGAUUAUGUGGCUGACAAUGACAGAGCUGAGAUAAAAGGAAAAAGAACAGUAGACUUACCCAUUUGCAGCCCAAAAUUGAAUGGAGCUGUCCGAGAGGCAGGAAAUGGGCGUGAGGCUGUGAGCCCUGUCACUUCACCGAUGCAUAUGAAGAGUCCUCUUACCAACAAACCCCCUGUGCCAUACACUGGAAUGCAUUGUCCAGUAAAUUCUGAUGUGGAGAGACGUAUCAACCAUGGCCUCUCUCGACCUGCUGAAGCAGAACCCAGGGGAGCAGACAGUGAACAUGUGGUACAUGAAAUCAACCCUCUCCUCGAAGAAUGUAGAGAAAAAGACUCUCCUGGUGUGAAGAGAUUAAAAGAUAUUGUUCUUUAAGCAUUGCACAUUUUGACUGAGAAAACCUCAGAUUUUUAUAGCUUACCACUGGUUCACAAGUUGCUGUAUCUAAAGCUUCCCCUUACUGUAUUGUUAAUAAAUUAAGCUAUUGUUGUGCGACAAUCCCUCUUGUUUUAUAAACAGGUGGUUGGGGUGUUCAACUUCAGCAAACUAGCAAUUUAAUUUACUUUGAGGAAAUUACUGAUUACAAGUUGUACAUUCAUUUUGCUUAUGCAAGGUAUUAUGCAUUUUGGAGUUAUAUUUUUUAUAUUGUCCAAAAUUAUAAUGUAAUUAAAAUAUUUUUGCAGAGAUGAGUCUUGUUAUCAGCAAAUUUGUUUAAGGAAAGCAAUGAGUUGCUGCCCCCAAACCACCAUCUAUUAGGUCCUAAGAUUGUGCUUACAUUUGUAGAGAAGACACAAUCUUGUUCAAGGAGACAGUGUGCGGGCCAAAUAGUUUUCUUAUCAUUAAUGGCAAUGUAACAAUUGUCUGGCAGUUGGUGCAGAAGAUUAAGAGUAAGAGCUGGUAGCAGACAACUUCUUGCAGUCCAGGGUUUGAUUCCCACAGCCUCCAUUUGGCUACCUGUGUGACACUGAGCAAGUUACUUAAUCAUAUAUUGCUCCUGGGCUGAGUGUGAAAAAGGUCCAUUUGGAUCAGUACUGCAUCCAGGUAAAAUUUAAAAAUCAGUAUAAAUACCAGGUAUUAGCAUAAUCAUCUCACCCAAAAGACAGGUAAAAUGCACAUCCCACUUAAAAUACAGAGAAUGUUGCAAGAUUGAGAAGAGGAUGGGGGAUGGGAGGUGAGAAAGGACACUGAAGCCAUGGGAGAGCAUAUCACGACUGAAAUAAAUAUAUUAGUUUGUAUGAGUUGCAGAGAUCAUUUGCUAUUUCAAUUCAAUGUACUCUAAAGCAUCGUUACAUUAAUGUGGACUGAGACUCAAUCUAAAACAUCGUUACAUUAAUGUGGGCUGAGACUCAAACCUUGUUCUAUAUGCUGCUUUCUAGCACUGGGAAGUUGCUAUUUUGCUGUGCACACCCCUGCAUUAAAACAUUACUGAUACACAUUGUGUUACUAUUACUGUGCCUAAACAUUAUCAUAACAGUGAUGGCAAUACAUACAAAGAAGCAUUUUUCAUACAUUGUUUCCGAAAUGCAUUGACUUAACAUUUCAUUAUUUUGCUCUGUGAACGUGUUCUCUGAAAAUGAAGUUUACAGCUUUACUGUGUCAGUGUUUACAUUGCCAGUUUAUAACAAGGGUUCUUAAUAUGGGCAUAUCUCACUUCAGACCUUCAAUGAAUCUAGCAGGUAUUUCCCUUAAUACUAGAUGUGCCUAGAAUUAUGUUUUUAAAUGAGUUGUUCAUAUAGCUUGUCAAAGGAUAAGAUUUAGACUUGUUAUAUAAAACUGAAAACAUUUCUCAGAGGCCAAAUAUGGAAUAUUUUGGUGUUUGACAGCUUUUCAUUUUUUAAUGCCUAUAUUGACAGUGUAUUCAUCUGAAUAACCAUAUAGUGCAGAUUAUGUUUCAUUUCCCAGUAUCACAGUUAUUCAUCAACUUACAGUUUAGUAAAUAGCCUUUCCCAAGUCUAACAAGUAUUCAUGUGGCAUGAGUAACUAGAACAAGCCAUAUGAGGGAUGUAAGAAUAAACAGUAUGAAAAAAAGCUGUACAGCCUAAUAAUACAUUAAUUUAAUAAAUUAGUUUAUAACAUAAAAAAUCCAUGAUACAAUUAACCCACUCCACUAUUUCAGAAUUAUAAGGAGAAUUUUCUGUCUCUGUAUUACCCUAAUUUAUAUGAAACUACACUUAGGCUAACAAAAAAAAAUGAAAUGUUCAGUUUUAUUAGUUCCAGUUUUUGGAAUCUCAUAUAAAUAUAGCUUCCUGUUUUUAGUUCAUUAUACAUUUUGCUUAAGGGUUACCUUAGGACAGUUCUAACCCAUUUGUCCCUUUCUAAUGUUGUUUAGGCAGUGUUGUGCUCUUUCAUUGCACAUCAGCUCUGUAUAACACUGUCAGCUCAAUAUAUUUCUGUUCCAAAAAACUCAUAAAAAGAAUCAGCAAGGGGCAGCCAGAUGUCUAUUGUGCAUUUACAGUAUUCUUUCUUCUUACGGCAAGACAUACAGUACAUUACAUCAUUUAAAUUACUUUAUCUCUUAGUUCCUCCAAACAUUACCCAGUUGCCCAUUAUAUGAAAAUAAAACUGCAGAAUUGUAAUAAAUGUCUGUCAUUUGCAACGUUUUGUAUUGUAACACAAGAAUAUGUCAGCAUUAAAACAGCAAUUAACAGAAGAAACAUGACUAUGGAUAAAGUUUUUAUAAUGUCAGUGCUUUAUGUGGCCAAAAUAUAACCUGGUUAUUUUUUCUGUGGUAUGAGAAGGCCUACAACUAAGAUAUGCCUUUGUUUUUUCUGGUAAAGUAUGGUCCAUAAGAAAAUGUUUUCUUCAUUCAAUGUUCUUUGUAAGCUCAGAUCAGAUUAAAAAAAUGUGCACAUGGCAAAACAUCUGUAGUAACUGAUUUCAUAAACUUGUACUCCAUAGCAUUAUAUUCAACACAGUACAAAUGGUUACUCCGCUAUUACACUGUCAGCAAAUAUUUAGCAUAGGUGAUCUGCAAUUUGAAGGUGUGUUUAAAAGUUCAAAACUAUUGACAAUUUGUCUCUGAUGUUCUGUUUCACUUAUCUGAACCUGUUUGUUGAAAAAAUGGACAUAUAGUAAACAGUAUCUAUUUUCAGUAGUUCAUCUUUGGUAAAAUACAAUAUGUUAAAUGCAGUACCAUUCUUAUCAGUACAAUUGCACAGAAGAAUAAAAAUCAUUAACUGCUGCUUGAUGCUCACGUUUGGUUCCCUCUGUAACUGUUUUUGCAUUAUGUUUUCCUGUAAAAUACAAAAUAAGGCUAAUAUUCAUAAAAAUAUGUUUUCACUUCUUUCAACUGCAGCUAAAAGAAACCAUUUUGUGCGCUUACCAUUUUAAUUUUUAGAUAAUGAUCACAUAUUGCACAGGAUAGCUUUAAACGAGGACUGUGGAGGUAGCAUUUGUCUGAUAUAAGCAGUAGCUGCCAUUUGUCAUUUCAUAACAAUAAUAUCUUUUUGGCAUCUGGCGCAAACUGUUUUUAUAUUACAAUGAUUUCUUACCUUUGUAUUUGAUAGAUGAUUGAAUUCUGUUUUCAUUUUCAUGCCAUUUGCAUCGAGUUAAGGUUAUUAUACAGUUCUCUGAUAUUCUUCAAUAAACUGAUUUUUUGUCAAUAGAAGAUCUCAUACAGUUUCUUCCAUGAAUUUCAAAUUUAAACAAAUGUGAAAAUAGUUUGUGAAGAAACAUCAACUCACAAUAACAAAGCACCCUGUUGUAAAGGUGUACACUACACAACAUAACUGUAUAAUGCAUUUGCUUGGAAAUGGGAACAGAUGUGAAUAUAUGUAUGAGAAAAAAAAAGAUAAGGAUAUUUAGUCCUUUGUGAAAUUGGAGUUGUCACAGUUUUGCAUAUUUUAUUGCAGUUUAUGGAUCACACAUUGUGAAAAAGAAAAUGCGAUUUAAAUGUGAACGAUCCUACAGAUAUGAAGAUCACACAUCAUAUUAAUAUUUUGAAAUAAUGCUUGCAAACAAAAAUAUAAUUGCAAAACAAAACAUAUGUCUGACAGUAGAAUAACUGACAUUUUUAUUUACUUACAUGAUUCACAGCUAAGUAUGAACUUCCUACAGAGCUGAGAGCAAAGGUUUGCCAUGCUGAUUGAUCCACUGAAUGCUUCAAGAAUCUUCUGCAAGUUGACCAAGCUCUUUAUUUGCAUUCUUAAAGGAAGCAAUAGCAGUAUGAAGGAACCAUUGAAUGUCAAACACCCUUUUUAUUGAAUAAAGUCUCAACAGAACAAAUUGUUCGCUUUUCUUAGGUGAUGACUGUUACUGCACUAGUAACAGUCUUUGACUCUGGUUGUAAGUUUUUCCCCCUUUUUUGACAAGCAGAAGAUGACCCUUGAGCACCAACAGCAGUGUUGGCCAGCUGCCAGAAUGAAAAUUGUUGUCACAGGAACUUUUAAGACAUGCUUUCUGACAGUUGGUUGAUGAAUAUAAUAUUAAAAGUUUAAAAUGCUGUAUAUGACUAUAUAAUGUAUGUUAUGUACAUUUUCACAGUGGUUUGAUCAUUGUACAAAAAUCACCUUUCUGUAUAUUUUAUGAAAAUUAUAUUGCAGCUUUAUUAAAUUAUUACAUUUCUGUUUUAAAU